GUCAUCACCGGCGCCUAGCGAAAACUGCAGGCUAGCUUCUACUCCAGGCCACACGCCACGUACGUACGUACGUUACUGCUUCAUUAGUUAGCUACUAGGCGAUAGAUCUCGGGUCUUCUUUACAUCUUCUGCGACUAUCACCACUCUAUAGCUAGGUAGCUAUUCAAGGCACGGGGAGGAGAGGGAGAGAGGUGCAUCGAGCGGGCCGUCCUUCUUCAGCGCCGGCGAGACCGAGGACCGAAACUAGAUGGCCGCCGGCGAGAACGGCGCGGUGGCCGGGGCGGCGGCGCCAUUGCUGGGUGCUGCGAGGAGGAAGCACCACGAGGGGUGCCCCGGGUGCCGGCUGGACGAGAUCAACAAGACCAGCACCGGCAUCCCGUACCUCAACUUCUUCUACAUCUGGGUCGUCUGCCUCACCGCCUCUAUGCCGAUCCAGUCAUUGUUCCCUUAUCUGUACUUCAUGAUCAGGGACUUGAGAGUCGCAAAGCAAGAGCAAGACAUUGGGUUCUAUGCUGGUUUUGUUGGGGCAACUUAUUUCCUUGGAAGAACAAUCAGUGCUGUGCCAUGGGGCAUGUUUGCUGACAAGUAUGGACGGAAGCCCUGCAUUGUGAUCAGCAUCCUUUCAGUAAUAGUGUUUAACACACUGUUUGGCCUUAGCACAACUUACUGGAUGGCAAUUGUAACUAGGGGGUUACUUGGGUUGCUCUGUGGUAUACUAGGACCAAUCAAGGCCUAUGCUUCAGAAGUCUGCAGGAAAGAGCACCAAGCUCUAGGAAUCUCUCUUGUUACAUCUUCACGAGCAAUCGCUCUUGUUGUCGGACCAGCUAUUGGAGGGUUUCUUGCACAGCCUGCACAUAAGUACCCAAAUCUUUUCUCCGAAGAGUCCAUAUUUGGGAGGUUUCCAUACUUCCUCCCUUGCUUCGUCAUAUCGGUACUAGCAGCAGGAUCAUGUAUUGCAUGCAUUUGGCUUCCGGAAACACUGCACUUUCACCAUGAUGACAAAGUAGAAGUUAUCGAUGAACUGGAGGCACAAGUUGGCGACUCGAAUUUAGAAGGUGGAAAAGCUAAAGAAUCUAGAGGUGAAUCUACAAAGAACCUGCUAAAGAACUGGCAACUGAUGUCAGCAGUAAUCCUCUACUGUAUCUUUUCUCUCCAUGACACAGCUUAUCUUGAGAUAUUUUCACUCUGGGCAGUGAGCAGCAGAAAAUUCCGAGGCCUGAGUUUGACAUCCCAGGAUGUUGGUACUGUGCUAGCCUUCUCAGGUUUUGGUGUUCUGGUAUAUCAACUUGCUAUUUAUCCUUUCCUUGCCAAGCAUUUUGGACCAAUUAAGCCAUUCCGUCCCGCGGCGAUCUUGUCGAUACUUCUCCUCGCAACAUAUCCCUUCAUGGCCAACCUACAUGGGCCGGAGCUCAAAAUACUUAUCAACAUAGCUUCGCUUUUGAAGAAUAUGUUCGCUGCUACGAUUACUAUUGCGUGCAAUAUUCUGCAAAACACCGCAGUGACACAAGAACAAAGAGGUGUUGCAAAUGGCAUCUCUGUGACUCUGAUGUCAAUGUUCAAAGCUGUAGCUCCAGCAGCAGCAGGAAUUCUGUUUUCUUUGGCUCAGAAGCACAUAAGUGGGUUGUUCUUACCAGGUGAUCAGAUCUUGUUCCUGAUGCUAAACUUGGUGUCGGUAAUUGGGCUAGUACUGACGUUCAAGCCAUUUUUCUCCCUGCCCAAUGCAAUGGGGCGUUUGUAAAUGUGUGUACAUAUAGUUUGUUACUUGCGAGUUAAAUCAGGAGCACUGCCAGAUUGCGGGCUUGGGUUUAAAACUUCAAGAAUUCAUGAACUGUAUCAGUCCAUACCUUCUGUUUUUUGUUCGGUCAUGUAAUAAGAUGUAAAGGAUUCUCUGAAUUUUGUGUAGAUUCCAAAGCACCAGAUGCUUCAUUGAUAUGAUAAAAUGGAAAUGAGAUUUGUCAUC